UAGCCUCUCUCAUUCUCUCUGUGUCGACCCAAAAUUCCCUUCAGAAUCUCCAUCGCUUCUCUUCUCACACCACCCCCACCCCCCAAUGGUAGGCGGCGCAGCGAUGAGGUCCGCCGCGUCGAAGAUCGCCGGGAUCGUCGGCGUGCUUCGCGGGUCCCCCGCGUCCCCCGCGCCGCCGCAGUCCGUCCGGAGCGGGAGCGCCUCCAGCUCCGCCGGCAGGGUGCCCGCCAUCGUAUUGGCGAGGGGCGCCGGCGACGUCCCCCAGGCGACGGCACAGAUGCUGGCGCGGGAGGUGGACGAUCGGGAUUUCGCCGGGUUCGAUGAGGAACCGGUGGGUCAGCCGAUGGCCAGGGUUGUGUUCGGAGGCGCGCCGAGCUAUGAAGAGGCCACGGCAGCGACUGCUGAAUUGACGGAUGCUAUUGACAGGGUAUAUUUGUCAACCACAAACACCACUGGGUGUGAAGAUCAACUUCCAGCAGAGCUCUCAAAUUCUGUCCAGACCCAAUCUUCAGUUACCGUUGAGGCUCUGGUAACUAAUCCAGUACCCAAACAUGCUGUCCAGGCUUUUACACUGCUGAGUCAAAGUCCUGCUACUCAGAGCGUUGUUGCUUCAAUUGCUAGUGAUCCUAAAGUCUGGGAUGCGUUUAUGCAAAAUGAGGCUCUCAAGGACUUCCUCCAAUCACAAAACUCCACAGUUCAUCAGUUCCCAUUUAUGGAGCCAAAAGUGGAGGAAUCUGCUGACGACGAUCUUUCUGAUGAUUGGAAAUCUCCAAAGAAGGUUGAAGAGAUUUCUGAAGGUGGCCAUGAAAAUGGGUUCAUGACCAUCUUGCAGAACAUCAAGCUUACGGUGGAGGAGAUGGUUAGCAACAUAUCCAGCUUCCUUGCUAACAUCUUCAGUCCCCCAUCUGCGGAGAAGACGUCUACGAACAACGAGGGAAGUGCUGGACCCUUCAAUGAGAAAGCUCUUGGAGCAUCUGUCAUGGGGUUGGCUCUGAUGGCUAUUAUCGUAGUCCUUAUAAGGCGCUGCUAAACUCAUGAAUUUGUCGAAGUUACAAAAGCUCUAGUUUGCGCUAUAUAUAGUCAGGGAAAUAUGUUUUGUCUUAUGGGACGAUGAUGAAAGAUCGAUGUUCUAUGUUGAACACACUAAAUAAGAAUGUACAGUUUGCAUUGGACUCAUGGUUCCUGGACCGAGUAUAUGAAGGUAUACUUUUAUUGACUGCAGGCCUGUAUAAGUUAGUCCGGUUCAGUAAUAGGUUCUAAGAACUACAUGUGGAGGGUCUCUCUCCUCUUCAUUUCAUCA